AUGGGUUUUGACCUGAAUCAAACUCCUGAGGAUACUCUAUCUCAAGGUAAUUUUCCAUCAACUACUCCAAUUACAAUUCCAUCUCCAAUUACUACAAUUCCAUCUCCAAUUACAAUUCCAUCUCCAACUAUUAGAGAUUUAAAUCAAUAUUGUCUCAUCGAUUUGAAUGAAUGUUACCCGGAAGAAAAUGAUGAUGAACCAGAACCUAUUCGCCAUGGAAAUAAGAAGAAGAAUUUAACUUCUGAUGUGAAGAGAAGAAUUCUUGAAAAAUUGAUGCAAGGGAGCAUAGAUGGGAAACUUCACAGGGGACUAAUCACUGAUACUAUGGCUCGGUUUAGAGUUGGAUUUCGAACGGUUUCGAGAUUAUGGAAUUGUGCAAAACUGGCUAAUGCAAAUGGAGAUGUAGUUGAUAUCUCUUCUAAGAUGGUCAAUAGAGUUGGUAGAAAGAGAAUUCAAUUAGAUUUAGAUAGAAUUAAGUUGAUACCUCUUCGCAAACGAACAACAAUAAGAGGAAUAGCACACGAACUAAACUUGUCAACAUCAACCGUACAUCGACUAAUCAAGAAUGGAAAUCUUCGACCACAUUCAAAUGCCUUGAGGCCGGGACUUACGGAUGAAAACAAGAUAGCAAGGGUGAAGUUUUGCUUGAAAAUGAUAGACAAAGCCGUGGCUCGUCCUCGCUUGGGUUUUGAUGGUAAGAUCGGAAUAUGGCCUUUUGUUGUUAAAGAAGCCGCAAAAAGGACCAGCAAAAACCGCAAAGCUGGGACAAUGGAAACCAAGGCAAUGAAAUCUAUUGACAAAGAUGUUAUGAGGUGUUUUCUGAUUGAGAAAUUGCUGCCUGCUAUCAAGAAGAAAUUGUCAUUUAAUAAUUGUAAGAAAAUAUUUAUACAACAAGAUAAUGCAAAACCGCAUGUCCACGAGAAUGAUAAAGAAUUUUUGAAAGCGGUUCGAAGUUACGGGUUAGAUAUCGAGUUGUUGUGUCAACCUCCGAAAAGCCCCGACUUGAAUGUUUUAGACCUGGGGUUCUUCAGCGCUAUUUCUGCACUUCAUCAUACUGAUGCUCCAACCACAGUAGACGAGUUUAUCGCAAGUGUUACGAGAGCAUUUGAAAUUUUCUCGGUUGAAGAAGCAAACAAUGUUUUCAUAACUUUACAAUCUUGCAUGAAGGAUAUUCUUGGAAUCAAGGGUGGGAUUCACUACAAGAUUCCCCAUAUACAUAAAUGGCGUUUAAUUAGAGACAUCAAGAACGGAAGGAGUAGUUAA